CGAAACCAAAAAAAAAUGGAGGGAACCAUCUCUCCGCUCUCCCUACGUUCUUCCUCGAAUCUAUUUUACUUCUCCAACAACCUUUCACUAGACUCUCACCGCACUCUAAGCUUCACAUCCUUGGAUUCUCUCCGGCCAACGAACUUGUUUAGACGGCCGUCGUCACUACGUCUGUUUCUUUCUCCGCCGAGAAGCUCUCUCCGAGCCUGGUUACGAGUUUGACAAGAGUUGUUUGUUGAGAUACAAUCACAUGAGCUUUGGAGGACCUCCUGUUAAAACAGAAACUAGUGAAGAGGAAGAUGAGCUUGUGCGCCGUGAUGAAAACGAGUCCAAGAUUGAAGCACAAGUGCUUUCAGCUCCUCCAAAGCUGGUGUACAGCAAACUUGUUUUACGGUUUGCAAAGAAACUCUUGGCAGCAGUGGCUGAUAAAUGGGAUACUCAUGUCGUCAUCAUCGAGAAAAUCUCCCCUCCAGAUUGGAAGAGUGCACCAGCUGGAAGAAUACUAGAGUUUUCGAUUCUUCACUUAGCAAUGUCUGAAAUUGCAGUCCUUGAAACCCGACACCCGAUUGUCAUUAACGAGGUUAUCUCUCACUCUCUCUCUCUAUAUAUGUAUAUCUUUUCCAAUGCGAUAACUAACACUGUCACAUUAAAGGCUGUAGAUCUUGCAAAACGGUUCUGCGAUGGAUCAGCGCCACGGAUAAUCAACGGAUGCCUUAGGACAUUUGUAAAGGAUACAGCAGCAACACCAAAACCUCAAGCUUUAGAAUCAAAGCAAGAAGUGUCGGUUUAA